AUGACAAUAACGAUGAAAAACAGAAUUAGUGAAUAUUUACAUUCGGUUGAUCCUGUUACACAACGUCGUCGACCGUUCGGCAUAACAUUGGAUAAAGUUACAUUAUUAAAAAGGUCGAUGCAGGUGACAAUUAUGAUCGUAAUGAUUGACGGACAGUUAACACCUCUUUAUCUUCAGUCUCCAUUAUGUCAAACAGAGUUAACGGGGGAAGACUUAGCUAGUAAUUGUGUUCGAGUACUAGAAUCAUUUGGCUUGAAAAAAAAUGCAUUGCAAGAACAAUUCACUGGUUGUGCCGUCGAUGGUGCUUAUAUUAAUUUGCAAAUUGAAAAACAUCUAUGUCAAAAACUAGGAAUGCGAGAGAGAUGGUUAACAGUGUCAUGGGAUAGUGCACACUUACUUGAAUUAGCAAUAAAUGAUGCAAAGAAACAAAGUAAAUUUUCCUGGUUACAAAGGUUCAUUAAAACAUGUGGUACAAUCAUGAAAAAAUAUUCAUAUGGAAAAUCAUAUGAGCACCUACUGGAAGCAGCAGAAUUAGUCGAAGAACAAAUACUACAACUAAAACAAUUUCAUAUUACCCGUUUUGUUCAAUCCGAACUCCGCGUAUACGAAACAGUAUUAAGAGAUUGGUCAACUCUGUAUUAUUUGCAAGAACAAGAUAGUGUAAUUAACUCAUUAGCAGGUGGAAAUGUAAGUGCAAAAACAAGACGAAAUAUUGAUACAGAAUACAAAGCAGGUGAUAGCGAUAAUGUUAGUUACAAACAUGAAGAUAUCAAAUCUGUGGAUUUUGUUUGUAAACUUAUUGGUUUAAAUGAUAUCUACAAUAUUCUUGUACGAGCAUCUAUGUCUGUGCAGCAAGUCAAUAAAUACCCGUGGGAACAUGAUGAUUCAAUUCGAUAUUUACAAAAAUGUUUAAAUGGAUAUAGUAAAUUACUUGUACAAUUAGAUUUAAAUAAAACACAAGAAAUGGAUAGUUUGGAAGAAUGUGAAGAACCGGAACCAGUUGGCUUACUCGGACCAACAAUCGAUGACGAUUGUGAUAUACAAGAAGAAGACGACGAAGAUACACAAGUUCGAGCGAUGCCAUCAGCAAAAUAUAUUGAACAAUAUUAUCAAGAUCUAUUGAAAUGUGAAUUCAAACAACGUCCAAUCAUCAUACGACCUGGUGAUUAUGAUUUAGAAGAUUCAACUACACAUGCAAGAAAAAAAUUGAUUGAAUUAUGUCAACAAUUAGUUGAAACAAUUACAACACGGUUUCGAGAGAUACCAUAUAUUUUUAUAUUGAUGAAAAAUUGUUUAGAUGUUUCACGUUUAUACGACCUAGUGGUAUCAACAGGUAAACAAACAAUGAUUGAUUAUGGCAGAGUUGAAUUACAAGGACUUCUUGAAUAUACGCUGUUAAACUCAGGAUAUAUACAGAUAGAUGGAAAUGCUAUACAAGAUCAAUACUCCGAAUGGAAACGACGAGUUUUACAUGAAAUCAAAGAGAAGGAUAUCCUGGACAUUUGGACAACAAAUGGAGAGUUUAUCACAUCAAAAGUGAUGAAAAGCUUUUAUACAAGUACAGAUUUAUC